CUUCCACCGUCACAUUGAAAAUAUCACCGACCCUUCAUUCUUCGCCCAUCCGCACUUAUAUUCGUCUCGCUGGCUUCGAACGAGGCAGUGUCCCGGUGACUGACUGUUCAUCUUAUGCUAAAGGGCCCAGCUCCCUGACUUAUCCUUCCAUGUCCGCCUCAGCUGUUUCGCUUAUUCAAUCCAAGGCGCUUCAUCUGAGCUCGGGUGAUGUCUACCGGCAAUGAGACCCCCGCCCUCUUACCCGACGUCUGUCUACGCUCCAUCUCCGACGUCCUGUCUGUCCUGUGGGUGGCUGAAGCACAUCCGACUGCAUUUCACCGGACCAUGACCUGUUGAUACGUGCUUCUCCAAAGGCUUCCGAGCAUAGAAAUCGUCUGAGCCAUCUCAUGCAUAGCCACGUUUCGGACGUCUCCGAGUUCAUGACUUGAGCUGGUGACAUGUGUUCGGAUGAUGAAGGAAAGGGCUGGCAACGCAGGGUUAAAGGCCUGCCAGUUGCAUUAACAAGCACAUACAUACGGCCGAACGCCUAUAGCAGACUUCCAGCCCUGCGUUGCCGGACCGUUCCUCGUUUUCAAGCCGAGAUUUUCUUUGAUCGCGAGACCGAGUUUUGAUUUACACGGCACACGUGAACAACAACUCCAGGCUGCUCAACACCCGUUGUUGUCGCGAACCCUCUUUCCUCGAGCUUCACUCGCCUGUGAUGUGUAUGCGACCUGAUUGGCUUCGCCCCAGGGUCAUGGUACAGCCUUCUCGUUCCCUGCGCCCACUAUCUAAGCCUCAAGAGUGGCGUCACACCUCGUCGCCCUUGGAAUCAUUCUCACGAAAGAGUGCAUGUCAAGAGUCACAUAUAUUGCCCCGCUAUGCCCUCCCGAUGCCUUUCUCCUCGGAUCAACCACUCGGUUUUCCACUCAGACGGACCAAAGGCUCCAGCAAGCGUGCGAGCUCUACUCUAGCACACAAUGGCCAGGCGUCUAACUAAUGUCGAGACUCGCUAGCGACCCGAACUAACACACAAGUCGGCAGAUGAAGGUCCAGAUGUCGCGAGGUACAUGGCCCUACGUGCACUUGGUUGCAUGGCCUUCGAAACGGAGCACUUCGGUAGACAUCCAUAAGUCAAGCUCUCAUUUUGGAAAUACUAGGCAUACCGUGCCAAUUAUCAGAGCGAGCUGUCUCAUGAGUGCCCGUCUCUGCACAAGUCCUUCCCAACAUCACUUGAAAGCUCGGGUCCGCCACGCAUUGGUCAGACAUCGUGGUUUUGAAGGCACCGGCCGUUCCUUCACCGGGCUGCGCAAUUCAUCAACUGUCCGCGCUAGAGCAAGUCAUGGUUCGCGUAGUUUCGCCGCCCUCCUGGUCACCUCGCCUUAUUAUGACACAUGAUGCGCAAAUCACGCACUGGUGAGGGUAGACUGCAGGAAACAACGACCCCCUGAGUCUUGCGGAAGCGAUCUCGAGUUAUAUGGGCUAGUUAUAAACAAUCCAUGGGUGUUGAGCUCACUGAUCCUCAUGUCUCGUCCCUGUUGGUUGGUAUCCAUGUUACCCGCCGGGUUUGUUAUAUGCCUGGUGAUCCUCUCCCUAUCCCAGGCCCUCACCUUCAACCGACGCAUCCUCCAGCAAAGCCACUAUCCGCAUUUUCUUACAUUACGGGAUGAAGUCAGCGCUUGGUUGCGUGUUCAGUGCCCUUGCGGCGAGUGUGUCUUCCUCCUCUCUCCAUGCUCUACGGCAAACACCACCACAACUCGACUACAACCUCCUUCCUCGGGCCGCCUGUGACAACACAAACAAAUCACGAAGCUGCUGGGGAAACUACUCCAUCGAUACGAACUAUUAUGAUGAAACGCCGGACACGGGAGUCACUCGUGAGUAUUGGUUGUCGGUAGAGGAAGGAGAUUGUGCGCCAGAUGGCUAUGCUCGCCAAUGUCAAACGAUCAAUGGGACGGUUCCGGGUCCUACCAUUUUUGCCGACUGGGGUGACAGUCUGAUCAUCCAUGUCACCAACAACUUAAAGUCCAACGGCACAGGCAUCCAUUGGCAUGGUCUUCGUCAAUCUGGUAGCAACAUCUACGAUGGCGUUCCAGGGAUCACUCAAUGCGCCAUUGCCAUCGGGCAGUCCAUGACUUACAGGUUCAAAGUUAGCCAGUACGGGUCAACCUGGUACCACAGUCACUUCAGUCUACAGUACGCCAACGGUGUUUUCGGUGGCAUGAUCUUCAACGGACCCGCGACUGCCAAUUACGACGAGGACCUGGGCCAUCUCUUUCUCUCCGACUGGUCCCAUGUUGAUGUCUUUACUCGGUGGUUUGCCGCCCGGAACGGUCAGCCUCCAGCCCUGGAAAGUGGUCUCAUCAACGGAACCAACAAAUUCGACUGCAGUACAUCAUCAACGGACCCGAACUGUACCGGACGUGGAGUCAAGUUAACAACUGUGGUUGAGAAGGGCAAGAAGUAUCGUCUUCGCUUGGUAAAUGCGGCUGUCGAUGGUGUGUUCCAGUUCAGCAUUGACAAGCACAAGUUGAAGGUUAUCGCUGCUGAUCUUGUUCCCAUCAAGCCCUACAGCACCUCUAGCUUGAAACUCACAGAGGGCCAGCGGUACGAUAUCAUCUUCCAUGCCAACCAGGCAGUGGACAACUACUGGGUACGUGCCGGGUGGUUGAACGCCUGCCAGCCAAAUGUAAACCCGGACAGCAUCACCUCGGUCCUUCGAUAUAAUGCCAGCAGCACGUUGGACCCGACCUCGACCAGUGAUGUCACCGUCAGCAGCGAUUGCCUUGAUGAACCUCUGGCAUCGCUUGUCCCCCAUCUCAAGAUGGAUGUCACCAAUAUCCAAAAGAGCUUUGACACGUACUUGAAUAUUUCAACGACAAAUUACGUUCACUGGACCAUCAACACAAGCAGUUUGCUCAUCGACUGGAACAAUCCGACCUUGAAACAAGUGUUUAACGGCGAGAGCCUGUUUCCAACCGACUACAACGUUCUCGCCAUCAAUAAAACCACCACCGACGACGAAUGGAUCGUGCUCGUCAUCCAAGACCAAUCCAACCUCGGUCUCGAACACCCCAUCCACCUACACGGCCACGACUUUUGGAUCCUCGACCAAUCCACCGGCACCUUUGACGCCGCCACCUCUCCGCAGAGCUUCAAGACCAAGAACCCCCCGCGCCGCGACGUCGCCGCCCUCCCCGGCAACGGCUACCUCGCCAUCGCCUUCAUGCCCGACAACCCCGGCGCGUGGCUCUGUCACUGCCACAUUGCCUGGCACGCCAGCGAAGGGCUGAGCCUAGAGUUCCUCGAGCGCGAGGCGGACAUCCAGGCGGACGUGAGCGAUUCCGAUCGGACGCAGUUCAAUGACAUUUGUCAGACUUGGUCGGAUAACGUGGGCACGCAGGCUUUCCCGCAGGAGGAUUCGGGGAUUUGAGAAAAGUGGGAGGUCGGAGGGGGGGGAAUGAAAAAAAAAAAAAAAUUGAAAAUGAAAAUGCGAUAUCGAGGUACCUGGCGGGGACCAGUCAGUUAGUCAG